AUGCCCACCUCGACCCAGCGAUUCACCCGCGAGCUCCGAACACGUGCCCUCCAUCGAAGGAGUCACGAACAUGUCACAGCUGCUCGUCACGCCGCCUCCCUCAUUUUUCUGGCCAUGGCCAAGUCUGAGAUCGACGACAUCUUCGCGUCCGCGUCUUCGUCCAAGGCCAAGGCCAAGGGCAAAGGGAAGACGAGCCUCGCCGAAAAUGCCAAACUUCCCGCUGCGUCGACGUCCGCGCCGGUGACGAGUUCCACGUCGAAAAAGCACAAGAAGAAGCGCAAGCGCGCUCAAGCCGACGACGCUGCCUCUACCCCUGCCCCUGCCCCUGCUGAGGUCCAAGACGCACCGAAACGGGCCGCUCCCGAGACCGUCGUCGACCCCUCGACGCGACCUCUGACGAAGAAACCCAAGACUGACAACUCUGGGAAACCGUCUUCAUCGUCGAGCGCGCUGAAGAAGCCGUCGAGGAAGGCGAAACCGUCGCAGGAUGACGACGAGCUCUUCAAGGACUCUCGGGGGACCUCAUCCCGACGAAAGACCGAGGAGGGCUUUACCAUCUUCAAGGAAGCCGACUUGGGCAUCGAUCCCGAAGCCGGUGGGACGCCCUUGUCAUGCUUCUCGAACCCGUCAACGCCCGUAUCGAUUCUCGGCAAGUUUUCUCUCGUUUUCCCGCUGUUUUCGGCUCUAUCGAAGCCUCCCGAGCCGCUCAAACUACGGAUCGAGGAGGUCAAUGUGUAG